GAAAAAGACGAAGCAAAAUAAAGAUUUAUUUUUUUUGUUGCCCGGGGGGAACUUUAGCAGCGGACCGCGUAUUCCACCAUCUUCUCUCUUCCUCCCCGCUUCCAGCUUCUCACGCGCCGGCCGACGUGGAAAACAUGCCGCCCGUGCACCUCCAUCCCACGGAGCUCGCGCUGCUGGCCUGCUUGGCUGCGCUCGCGUGCGUGUGUGUCGCCGCUUCGCGCUCCGACGCGCCGAGGGGAGUCGCGCUCCCGUUCGUUUUCGACACAAGAGCGACGUGCGCGCCCCCGUGCAAACACGCGGGCUUGUGCAUCCGAAACAACACAUGCUUCUGCUCGCGCGGCUACGAGGGAGAGACCUGCCAGUAUGCCAGCUGUUACCCCAAAUGUAAGAAUGGAGGACAGUGCCUUCGGCCCGGGAAAUGCAGAUGUCCUCCCGGAUUUGGAGGGAAAUAUUGCCACAAAGUGACGUGUGAAAGUGGAUGCUGGAAUGGAGGGGAAUGCAUUGCUGUCAAUGGUGUGGCCAAGUGCAUCUGCCCAUCAAGCUGGGCUGGCUCCAAAUGCCAAGAGGCAAUCUGUCCACAAGGGUGCAGGAACGGUGGCAGCUGUGUGGCUCCAGGAAUCUGCAGCUGUCCGGAGGGAUGGCUCGGGGGAGCCUGCCACACUGCUGUAUGCAGUCGGCCUUGCCUGAAUGGAGGGAAGUGUAUUUCUCCAGAGACUUGUCGGUGUCGGGCCCCCUACUCCGGCCCCCGCUGUGAAGAAAAGAAAAAGACCCACUAGUCUGACCCCGACAGGGUCAGAAGUUAAAUAGGACCAAUUAGUAUCUUUUACUUUCAUGUGGACUAUUGCUAUAUUCUUUAGCUGGUGCAUUGGUAGUUUUUAACUAUAUGGUUUUUGUUUUGUUUAUUUUUUUUAAACCAUUGAACCUGAUUUUAACAUUAUCACUUGACUAUAGAAACACGUUAUGUUUUAUGCUGCAUAUUGUGACAUUAAAAUAAACCUAAA